UGAGCUUUUUAAUCAUCUAGUAGUAGUAAGUAGAUGCUUAUGUUUUUGAUCUUGAUGGCCAUGUCGGUGAGUUCUCCAAAUUAUGUACAACAAUACAAAAAUUGAAAAGAAAAAAGAAAAGAAACUAAUAUUGUAUUUUCUUUUUGAGAAAACUAUUAUUAUAUUUUUAGAAUAGACCAGGUGUGCUAAUUGAAUGUGUAUUCUGCCCAUCCCCUUCAAAUGGCAAUGGCAAUGGCAAUUAUCCAAAGCCCACCCCUUCGAAUCCUCACCAGCUCCAAGCCCAACAAUUCAUUAAACCAACACCACGCCCAUCUUCUUGGCUACUUGAAUGACUGCAAGGACAUGUCACAACUCAAACAAAUUCACGCUCAAGCUCUCCGUUCAACGUUACCUGACAGUCCACACUCCCUCUUCCUUUACAGUAAAAUUCUCCAUUUCUCGUCCUUCAAUGACCUUGACUAUGCCUACAGGUUAUUCAGUAAAUUUGAUAAUCCCAAUGCGUUUAUGUGGAACACUCUUAUAAGAGCAUGUGCACGAAGCUAUGAUAGAAAAGAACAAUCUUUUUUGCUGUAUAAACGGAUGAUUGAGCAAGGAGAUGUCUUGCCUGAUAAGCAUACAUACCCGUUUGUUUUAAAGGCUUGUGCUUACUUGUUUGCUUUGAAUGAAGGGAAACAAGUACAUGCACAGAUGUUAAAACAUGGGUUUGAAUCAGAUGUUUAUAUCAAUAACAGCUUGAUUCAUUUCUACGCUUCUUGCGGCUGUUCCGAGCCUGCACAGUACGUGUUUGAUAAAAUGCCUGCGAGAAGCCUGGUUUCAUGGAAUGCUAUGAUUGAUGCGCUGGUUCAGUUUGGUGAAUUUGACGCUGCGUUAAAACUGUUUGUUCAGUUACAGGAGUUAUUUGAGCCUGAUGGGUAUACGAUGCAGAGUGUUUUGAAUGCUUGUGCUGGUUUAUGUGCUUUGUCGUUGGGGAUGUGGGUUCAUGCUUAUAUGUUGAGAAAGUUUGAUGUUGAAGUAACACUGGAUGUUUUGGUUGAUAAUUGUCUGUUGGACAUGUACUGUAAAUGCGGGUCCUUAGAUAUAGCUAUGCAGGUCUUUGAAAGGAUGCAUAAGCGUGAUAUAACUUCAUGGAAUUCUAUGAUUCUUGGAUUUGCAAUGCAUGGGAAGGCCGAAUUAACAUUCGAAUAUUUUGACUGUAUGGUGAGUACAUGGAAGCUUGUGCCCAAUUCUAUCACUUUUGUGGGUGUUUUGAGUGCUUGUAAUCAUAGGUGUAUGGUCAGUGAGGGUCGAAAGUAUUUUGAGAUGAUGAUUGCCGAGUAUAAGAUUGAACCUCAACUUGAGCACUACGGAUGCCUUGUUGAUAUUCUGGCCCGUGCUGGUUUGAUUGAUGAUGCUUUAGAUUUGGUGUCAAGCAUGCCCAUGAAACCUGAUGCUGUUAUAUGGAGAAGUCUUCUUGAUUCUUGUUGCAAGAAGAAUGCAAGUGUUGAACUAAGUGAAGAAAUGGCUAGGCAGGUAUUUGAGUCAAAAGGGGUUGACUGCAGUGGAGCUUAUAUGCUUUUAUCUAGAGUCUAUGCAUCAGCCAGCAGAUGGAAUGAUGUUGGUUUGCUCAGAAAAUUGAUGACUGAUAGAGGUAUAACAAAAGAACCUGGGUGUAGUUUGAUAGAGGUAGAUGGUGUUAGCCAUGAAUUCUUUGCCGGAGAUACAUCUCAUCCUCAAACAAAAGAAAUCUAUCAGUUUUUGGAUGUGAUUGAACAAAGAUUAGAGUCAGUAGGGUAUUCACCUGACUAUUCACAAGCGCCUGUGGUUGAUGAGCUGCAUGAUGGUAAGCACCACGUUUCGAGGUUACACAGUGAGAGACUUGCUAUUGCAUUGGGGCUAUUAAGCUUGAAACCAGGAGUGCCAAUAAGAAUUUUUAAGAAUCUUCAGGUUUGCAGUGACUGUCACAAGGUCACUAAAUUGGUUUCUGAAUUCUUCAAUGUGGAGAUCAUUAUGAGAGAUCGGGUUCGGUUCCAUCACUUUAAAGACGGGUCUUGUUCAUGCAUGGAUUAUUGGUGAUAAUUGUUAUACAUGUAUCUUUAUAUCUAAUAUCUAAUUUAAGGAGAAUUCUUCUAUUAAACUUGUUAUAUAUAUAUCAUAACUAAUAGAAUUAAUUUGACAAAAUCUAAGAGUUUUUUUUCUUCAAAUAUUAUAUUGUGAGUCUUCAGAAUUUGACUCUCCCUGUUUCUUGUUUUAUUUUCUAAAUCAUA